UUUUUCGACCGCGCGCGCAUCUGGGUGCAGGCAGGCGACGGCGGCAACGGGUGCGUUGCUUUCCGGCGCGAGAAGGACAAGCCAAAGAUGGGGCCGGCGGGCGGCAACGGCGGGCGCGGCGGCUCCAUUCACCUCGUCUGCGACGAGGGACUCAACAUGCUCAAGCAGGAGGUCCACUUCCGAGCAACGGGCGGCCAGAACGGCAUGGGCAAGGCGCGGCACGGCGAGUCGGGCGGCGACGUGCGCGUGCCGCCCGGCACGGUCGUGCGGCAGGACGAGGACGACGCGCUGGUGGGCGAGGUGCUGCGGCACGGCGACAGCAUGCGCGUCGCUCGCGGAGGGCGAGGAGGGCGCGGGAACGCAGCCUUCAAGACUGCCCGGGACACGACGCCUCGGCUCGCGGAGCAGGGCGAGCCGGGAGGGCAGCGCUGGCUCAAGCUCGAGCUCAAGCUGCUCGCGGACGUUGGCUUGGUCGGCGUACCCAACGCGGGCAAGUCCUCUCUCCUCGCCGCCGCCACGAACGCCAAGCCGAAGAUUGCGCCGUACGCCUUCACCACCGUCACCCCCAACUUGGGCGCGGCGCGCCCCUCGCUGCAGGCGUCGCUCGUCCUCGCCGACAUCCCCGGCUUGCUCGAGGGGGCGCACGAGGGCAAGGGUCUGGGGCGCGCCUUCCUGCGGCACAUCGAGCGCUGCAGGCUGCUCCUGCACGUCGUCGACGGCACGCGCCCAGACCCGCUCGGCGACUUUGAG